ACUUCUGUUGUGUUCGACUUUGUGCAAAGCUGAAAUGACCUUACUACCCGAUGAGAAUGAACAUCCCAUAUCCCUUGACAACUUAACUAAUGACUCUACAGGCCCAUUAUUGAUGCUGUGCACUGCACUGUGUGCCCUCCCUGAGAAGUUUCUGCUGAAAGUUCUGUGUCUCGUUUUUCGACACCCCGCAACGCACGGUGCUGGUAAGUUCAUGCAGACACAGGAGCCGGAAGUUUUGAACCCCAAUGGGCAUUUUCGUCAGACCGAUCUGCACUGCCACAUUUGGCUGAGCUGCCUUACGACCUCGACACUUUCGCUUUGGAUUGUCCACCUCUGUGUACAAGUUGUACACACCAGAGUGGUAUGUACAAAUGUUACAGCACAAACGCUGCCGAGUGCACACACCUCUUCUUUCUUCCGCCGGGAAGUCCCACAUCAGUUGACCAUGCCAUUCUGGAGCCAAAGUGUGGUGGUCGUUGUAUGUACUAUUCAUCAUUUGCUCCAGUUUGCCCAUGUGGAGGACCCUGUAUGUGUCGGCCUGUGAUCUGUUGAUAAAACCCAAAUAGAAGCCCAUAAAUACUAGCACUACCUCAUUUCUUAAUGUUUUCUGGUAUCUAGCAUUUUCAUUGAUAGAUUAUCUCCCUUGGACUGUUAGACUUUUCACCAGUGCUACCAUGCCAAGUUGACAUUGUUUGCAAGCCAUGUUUUUCAAAUCUGACUCUUUGUGAUUGUGUUUGUAAUCACAUAAAUAGUGUAUUUAUCCAACAAAAAUGUGAUUUGCAUGCUACAAGGUAUGUAAUGUGUA